UUUUCUGAAAUAUCAAUUUGCAAUGUUGUUCGCUCUUGCCCAAGGCUCCAACAACUCAACCUUAGCUAUUGUAGAAUUACUGAUAAAACUAUCGAAGAAAUUGCUAGAUCAUGUCUUAAUUUAAAAUAUCUCAAACUGAAAGGGUGUUAUAAAAUUAGCAAAGAGGCU